AUGUUAAAAUAAUGUUUCUCUAGGAAAGCUAAAUUCAGGGAUUGUAGUCAUGUCAGUUUAUUAUUCGUAAUUUAGUUAAAAUCAUUCGUCGAAAAAAUAUAAUUAUAAUGUCGAGUGUGUGCUUGUGUUUUGUUACAAUAUUCGUAAUCCUUAUCGAAAUUAAGGCAUUACGAAGAAUAAAUCAUUUUGAAAUACGAAGAAUAAACGAUUAUGAAAGUUUCCGGUCAGAUAUAAACUCCGAUGGUCGGCCCAUUUUGCGAGGGGGGAUAAUAAAUGACUUAACAGGUAAUAUGGAUCCUAAUCCUACCAAGCGACCAGCUUUGCGUGGAGGGCUUGAUUUGCUCGCAGGAGUCGCAGAUUCUAAUCCUACCAAGCGACCAGCUUUGCGUGGAGGGCUAGAUGAUUUGCUCGCAGACGUGGAUUUUGACAUAAAUGUACGUCUACAACCGCAAGAAAAACAAAAAAAUGAUCAAGACUCGCAUCACAUGUCGAUACCAGAUGAUGAAAUCAUGCAGCAAAAUGCCGAUUAUAUGCGCAAAAGGCCAUCUUCUUCGGAGGAUGCCGGUUAUUUGCGCAAAAGGCCAACAUCCUCUCCUUCGGAGGAUGCCGGUUAUUUGCCCAAAAGGCCAACAUCCUCUCCUUCGGAGGAUGCCGGUUAUUUGCGCAAAAGGCCAACAGCCUCUCCUUCGGAGGAUGGCGAUUAUUUGCCCAAAAGGCCAACAACUUCGUCGGAGGAUGCCGAUUUUAUGCGCAAAAGGCCAACAUCCUCUUCGGAGGUGGAAUCCGACGAUGACGAUGGACUUCCGAUCAUGCGUACUGUGAUGCCACACAGUUCGCCUGAAAAUAAUGAUGAUUCUGGUGGAGAACAAUCCGUUUCUUUAGUACGAGAAGAUGAUGAUUCGGAUGAAGAUAGAGAAAAGUACCAGAGGCAAAAAAAAGAAGACAGAAAAAAGAUGCCUGAAUGGACGAAAGACUUAAAAAGAUAUAUAAGAAUCCUAUCAUCAAAGUUCACAAGGGAUGGAAUGAUCAGCCACAUCAAGCCUGUGAUCAAAGUUUUGGAACGCAAUCACAAAGUGAAAAUAAAAGAUAUUGACGUUAAUAAACGAGGUAGAGUCAAGGUCACAAUAAAAAAAUUAUAGGUGACACAACCCAGGGAAAGUGAAUCAUCCUAUUCAAGCCUUAGAAAAUAUCGUUAAAAUUUUUGAUAUAUUGGAUGUAACACAUCAAAAAAUAAAUAAUAUUAAAUAAAGCUUUGUGUACAAUUACAAUUCA